AUGACUGGUACCCGGCAGCCCGAGUCGGUUCGAGGGGUGGGAUUUGUGCUGGGCAGGCAACCUCAGAUGUUCAUCCUCUCGGUGCUUUGGUCUGAUGGCAGUGAUGGCCUCAUCUAUAGGACCUUCCAGGAGUUCCGCCAAUUCCAUAAAAGGCUGAAGAACACCUUUCCCUUGGAAGCAGGCUUGCUGAAGAGUUCAGACUGUGUCCUCCCCAAGUUUCAAGAUGCCUCAGUACUUCUCCCCAGUGGAAGGACACGAAGAGGACUGGCCAGGUUACGGCUGCUGGAAGCCUAUUCGCAGAAACUUCUGGGGGCUACAGAGAUGAUAUCUCGAAGCGAGGUGGUCACUGGCUUUUUCCAGCCCCGGUCUGGUGAUCUGGAGCCUGUCCUGCCGCAGAACAGCCUGGUGAUCGUGGCCUCCCCUUGGGAGAGGCCAGAACGGAGUCCAAAGAAGCCCGUGGCCCUAGAGUCAGACAUCCAUACUCUGGAGGCUCAGACUUUCCGGUGCCUUGAUAGCUUCAGUACUCAGGACACCAGGGGCAGGCCCUUUAAGGCUAGAGCCAGAGAAGAGCUGGAUGUGUUGCUUAAAGAACCCACAGGCUGGUGGCUAGUGGAGAAUGAGGACAAGCAGAUAGCUUGGUUUCCUGCACCCUACCUUGAGGAGUUAUCUCCGAGACAGGGAUGCAAGGAGAUGCCCCAGAUGCCCUACAGUGGGCUGCCUUUCUGUGCUACUGAAGCUUACCAAAGCAGCCGGGAGGACGAGCUGUCUGUGCCUGUGGGGGCCCACGUCACCGUGCUAAAGGAGUCUGAGUGUGGCUGGUGGCAGUGCAGGUACCUCGGCCGCUCAGGGCUGUUACCAGCUGUGCUCCUCUGCCCGGACCCCGUGAACGCUAGUGGGCUGAGCAUGCUCCUGAACGCCACCCGAGCCAGCGUGGGCCCAGAACCCUGCAACAGAGUUGAAGCCCAGCCCGAGGAGGGGCGCCUGCCCACUCAUCCCCAGCCCACAUGGACCACCAACCUAAAUUCAAACCCAGGCAACAAUGGGGAGGAAGGCGGCGCCAUGGCAGGCCCCAGCCGCAGACCUGUCAUACCUCCCAGGCCCAGCCGAGGGGACAUCCUUCGGAGCUGCUGCUCGGUGACCCGCAAGGCCCUUUAUCGUCCUGAGGCACCGAGGUCUCCUGGGCCCACUCAGGAUUCUUCUGCGCUAGAGAUUCCUGAACCCUCCCUGCCCUCAGCCAGACCAGCUUCUCCUUGUCCACCCAAUCAGCCUGGCCUAGACUCCCAGAUAAAUCCUUCUGAUACCAGGCUCUGAAGUCCUGCCCUCUCCAGUGCCCUGAUGUCUGGCUUUAUAGUAGGAGGCCUUGUCCCCGUGGGACCCAGUCCUAAAUGGUUUCAUUUAAAAAAAAAAAAAG